UAUUAUAUUAAAUCUUUUGUAAUAAUUAAAAUUAUAUUGCAUAUGUUGGUGCUGUUGGGAAAAAAAAAACUUAUGAGUAUAAUUUAAAAUUAUGCUGCGCUAUUUUGGCCUGUGCAUUUAUUUAAAAUGUAUGCCAGUCUAUGCAAACGCGCUGUUCAUUUCAGUUAUAUAAAUAUAAUACGUUUAAAAGAAUGCGUAAGGUAAUAAAGUAUUACCAAGAUCAAUUAUUUGCAUGAAAAUUAAAGUGACGCAUAAUUACAGCUCUUUACACACUUAAAACGUACUGCAAAAGUAUUUGCACUGAGUUAGAAUUGUGGAAAUAAAAAUACUGUUUGUUUAAAUUAAAUAUUAAAAUAUGUUGUAUGAAUUAGUAUGCGAAAAGGAUGACAAUGUAGGGUACGCUCACAAACUAGUUAAUUGAUAAGAAACCAUAAGGCAUGGUUACUAGAAAACAAAUGCAUAUUAACUCGUAUACAUCUUCUAUAGAAGAUGUAUGUAUGAAGACUCGUAAUUCAAAUAACGUUAACAGUAAAACGAAAAACACAUUACAUAAUUUGUAACGUGCCUUAUUUUAAGACAUUCUCGGGUAUUCGUGUUUGCCAUGCAUAGACAAGGCCAUGUUUUAAAUUAUGUUGUUUGCAGUCUUGUUUCCAUACAUUUUCUGAUUUAUAUGAGCUCGAGCGUAGAUUUUUUUUUUGUCGGCCAUCAUGUGCCUUUGGUUUGAUCGGAAUCGCUUUUACAGAUGGGUUAAUUCUUCAAUCAGUCAAAUGAAUAUACAUGAUCUCUUUACAAAGUCCACUGGCUUAUUUAAAUUAUUUUCAUUGCAUAUUUGGUGUAGUUAUAUAGCUGGACAAAACGAGUCUCUCUCUCUCUCUCUUUUUUUUUUACAACGACUACGAUUGAUUUAUUCUUUAUUGUUCGGUCCUCGUGGUCACGUGUUCACGGCACCCAAUCAAAUGGCGGAAUGCCUUCAACUUAUUAAGCGACUGGAGCUUUGCAAGGGGAAGUAGCCUUUUGAUUCCCACACUUUAUUAUUUUGCGAGGGUGUUGGUGUAUAUGUGUGUGUGUGUAUGUGUGUGUGUGUUUUAUGUGUGUAUAUGAAUGCGAGCGUGCCCCCACCAUGUCGACAUCCGGAGCUCUGACAGGAUACUACGUUGAUUCUCUGCUUCUACCGGAGAGCGAGGAAGCCCACUUCCCUCCAGGCCCGGGGCUCCUUCAGCACGCCCGGCAGUCCGCUCUUCCAACCGAGCGCACUGAGCUCGGACCCUGUGUGUUUCCCUCGAAGCAACCGGUGUACGGCGGCUCGGGAUGGGGCCACAUAUCAUCCGUGUACCAUUCGCACACUCAAUCCCAGCCUCAGUUAGCUGGGGACUAUGCGCAGCCCUGGCUCCUGGACACCACCACAGGCUGCGCUCCGCUGUCCCUGACCGAGCUACCUACCGUCCAUCACCAUUACCCGGCCAAACAUGAGCUUCUCGGUCACGCCAAUGGUGCGCUGUCCAGCGCUCAAGCUGCUCUCCAACAUCAAGACUUCUCGAGCGGCGGUACGGACACGGACGCGGUGAGCGCCCGGACGACGGAUACGAGAGACGAGGAGGCCGAUAAACCGAACAUUGAUCCAAACAACCCCGUGUCCAACUGGCUUCACGCGAGCUCCACGCGCAAAAAACGAUGCCCGUACACUAAACACCAGAUCCUGGAGCUGGAGAAAGAGUUUCUCUUUAACACGUACCUCACGCGCGAUCGCAGGUACGAGGUGGCGCGCCUCCUUAACCUCACCGAGAGACAGGUCAAAAUCUGGUUCCAAAACCGCAGGAUGAAGAUGAAAAAACUGAACAAAGACGGCACGAAAGACGAGUGAGAGGGAACACUUUGCACCCCCCUAAACAUUGGCAAUGGGACAUUUUCACAUUCGGCCCUGUCUCGUUCAUUCCAUUGUUUUUUUUAUUAUUGUUGGUUUAUUUGUCUGUCUCAAGGCAUGCAUUCUAGGACCGAAUAGUGUUACAUAUUGGAUUAUUUGUGUAUAUCUUAAAUGAUUCUACCUUAAGUGAAUGUUGCACAAAUCCAGUCUAUUUGUACGAAAUAGGAAAACAAUAUGCUGGCCUUUUUUCCUGUAGACUUUUUUUGUAUUAUUAUUUUAUUUUUUGUUUUGUAUUAAUUUCUAUCUUCAACUAAUAGACAUGAAUGAAAUGUACGUAACAGUUCCCUUUAGAUUGUGUGCCACUGCACAUUUAGUGUAGAGUAUUCCCCCCUCUUUUCUCUAAUUUCUCAAACUUUUCAGUCUGUCAAUUGUAAACUUGGUUAAUGUAGUGCAAAGUAGUGUUCACACUGAAAAGAGGUUACAAGGUCAUGUGUGCUCUAGAAAUGUUAUAGUAUUUUGUUGGUGAUUAGCCUACCUUAAUUUUUAUGACUACCUAGAUUGUUUACUAUUAAAGUUUUCGAGUUUGGACACUUUCUCAAUCCGUGCUGACAUGAGCUCUAUUAAGAAUUGUUGAAUUAAGGAAUUUUCAGGGAGUGUGGAAGAUAGAUAGGCCUAUUAAAGAUAGCUAAAAAAAAAAUUAGACACUGUAGUCAACAAAGUAAAUACCUCAUGGGCUGUCUGUCAUGGUCAGUCAUAUUUGUUCUUUUGUUUACUUUAAAUAUCUCAAAUGUAAUUUGUAUUUUAUUUAUUGAAGAAUAAAAAAAUCAUAUGUCUAAUGGUA